ACGGCGGGCUGCGUGGCAUUAUCAACAAUUCAAUUCACCAAUUGUGCUUCUUUCUUCUUCCAUUCAGUUCACGGGUUCACAACAAUUCACGAUCGGCAGGAAGCCUGUCCCUCCCCCGCGGAUCCGUAAAUUAAACCUUCUUGCUCAUAGUGGGGGGGAAGACAUCGAUCCUUUCUCCCUCCACCUUCUUCUGAGAGUCCAGGAUUCAUGGCCUAUCAUCAUCCAAAAGCGACGUCAACACAUGAGAGGAAGCCGGCGUGUUGACGAAAACAGAUUCAGGGCCGAGAGAGCCUUUCAUACAAAGCGGUGCUAAGAAAGAAUAAACGAAGGAUACGGAAGCUAUAAGGCGGAUACGCUACUACAGGCGAUUCACAUUGUCUCGGCCUCAAACAAAACUACCGAGAGAUCAUCCGUCGGUCUCUUCCACAAGCUUUCUACUUACACUAACUAGGUACUGUACCGCUCACUGCCAGACGGUCCCGUCCCGCUCGUGCAUCUCACCGUCUCGAGCAGCAGACGCAGUCACCGAAGUACAUACCUACCUAGCUAGGUGGGAUUCCCUCCACUGCCCGUCUGUACGGCAAUCGCACUCACCCCUGGACAAGAGGCUCCAUCUUGCUACUUUUUAGUGGACGGGUACCGCAGACGCGGGUCACACAGGCAAGGCAGGCGCUGUGAGCGAGCCACACACACCCCGUGCACGCAUCGAACCGUCCUGUGCACUGCAAGCACGAGCACCGGGCGGUCAGGGGCGAUCGCUCAGCAGGAGCUUCCGAGAGGUGGGCUCAGGUGGGGUGUGUAAACAAGAGCGGGACUCACCUCACUUCUGACCUGAAUGAACCUUGUUCAUCUCCCGCCAGACGCACACUGGUGACUGGCUUCGGUCGGCAUCUACUAGACUAGUCGACUAGUCCUGCUAGUCUAUCCCCUACCUACCCCUAGCCGAAGUACUGUACCAGACAGGCCGACUUCGACCGCCUUUGCAGGUCGGUGGCCGCCACAAAGCCGGUCCAAGAUGACCUCCACCACCACCACAGCAACUUCCACCACCUACACGACCACUCCCAAACCUAGACUCGGACUCUUGAAACCAGCACGCACCGGCCGAGGCCUCAGCGGCAUAGCUACAGCAUCAACCCCGAAUCUCAACCAGCUCUACUCGUCCCAGUCUCCGUCUCUGUCAUCAUCGCGCCUUGUCCCGCCGGCGCUGUCGCGCAAGGCUUCCUACGCCGCCCUCACGCAAAACUCUCUGGCCACCAUCCCCGAUGAUACCGAAGCCUACGCUCUUCAUUCCGUCCUAAACACCACCGACAACGACGCGAUGCCUCUUUCUAUCAACCCCGGCACCAUGAGCACCGGCGACGAGAUUGCUAUUGGUGACAUGGUCGAGGUCCCCGGCAACAUGACCGGUACUGUUCGCUUCAUCGGUUCAGUCGAUGGGCGCAAGGGUAUCUUUGCCGGCGUCGAACUUCACCGCGAGUUUGCCUCUCGCGGAAAGAACAGCGGUGAUGUCGAUGGUGUCUCCUACUUCAACACCAGCCUGCCUGGGUCUGGUAUUUUCCUCCCCCUAUCCAAGGCCGUCAAGCGGGAUGCCGGCAGCGGCUCCCUCCCUCGCACGCCCACCGAUCUUGUCCCACCCGGACCCGCGUUGAAGCUCGGAGGCCGUGCGCCGGCUACCCCCUCCAUACGAAAAUUCAGCCAAUCUGUCGGGCCCGGUGCUGUUCGUCCGGAGUCGCCCAUGAGGCGACUGCAAAUGACUCCCGGAUCGCGCACUUCGCUUGUCACGCCAGGCCCCCCCGGACGAUUCCCCAGUCCACAGCCUAACAAGUUUUCUCAGAGCGUUCGCGGAGUGCCUGGAGACACGGGCAAGCGACUGCCCUCACAUACGAGGAAAGGUAGUGUCGGGCCUCGUAGUAUCUCCUCCCUCGGCAAUGCUCACCAGCCAAACUUUGACGAUGAAGAUGCUGCUUCUGUCAGCGGACACAACAACGGAGGUGUCACUGCCGGGUCUAUCCCAGGAAUGAGGUUCCGCGCCCCCUCGCGGGCAGCCUCGCGCCUUGGUAAUGCCCACGAAGAGGAGCUAGAGAAACUCAGAACUCAGCUUGAAGACCGCGAGAGGCAACUGAGGGACCAGGCAGCAACACUGGUCGAGAUGGAAAGCAGUCUUACCGAGCUUCAGGCUCUCAUCGAGAGCUCGGAAGGCUCGUUGCGCGAUCGAUCACGACACGAAGAGUUCGAAGAUAAGGAUGUUGCUCAGCUUCGAGCAUUAUUGCAGGAAAAGAACGACAAGAUUGCCCUGCUGACUGCCGAGUUCGACGCACACCGGGCCGACUUCCGGAGCACUAUUGAUACCCUGGAGCUGGCGAGUUCAGAAACCGAAAGGAUCUACGAGAAGAAGAUCGAGGAACUCAUGCAGGAGAAUCAGGAGCUGAGGGAACGAACCGAAGAUGUAGAUGCCGUUGCUAUACAGCUUAAGCAACUGGAAGAGUUGGUUCAGGAGCUGGAGGAGGGCCUUGAAGAUGCCCGUAGAGGGGAAGCAGAGGCCCGGGGUGAGGUUGAAUUCCUCCGUGGAGAGGUAGAAAGAACGCGUACCGAGCUCCGCCGGGAAAGGGAGAAGGCGCAGGCCGCUAUCAACGGCGCCAAUGGCUCCCCAGACAGCGGCCCUCUUGCCAAGGAACUUGAACAGAAGGAGGACGAGAUCAGAGGCCUUAAAGCUAUCAUUCAUUCACUCAGCAGAGAUUCUGCUCCCGGUGAUGAUGAUGAUGAUGAUGCCAUGACGCCAACCGCCAAGACCGGAGAAUCCAUCGAGGAUCGCCUCGCUCGUGAGAAGCUCGAGCGCGAGGUCGCGGAGCUUCAUGCCAUGCUUGACAGCAAGGCCAAUCGCGAGGAGGAGCUUGAGCGUGAGAUUGAGAUGCUGCGGAGAGGCAACGCCGCAAGCGAGUCGAACCAUCGUUCAAGCACCAUGACGGUCGGCAGCAACAACGAGCGCAGCUCGCAGCGUGAGUCACGAAGCAUUGUGGUACCUGUUCCCCAGACUACGGACAAGGCCCUCAGGAGCCGGGGAUCAACUCUCGAGGCGAUGCCCGAAAGUGACUCCUACAGCGCCGCAACCGACAACGGCGCUCUCUGGUGCGAGCUCUGUGACACUUCUGGCCACGACAUCCUUAGCUGCACCAACAUGUUCGGUUCUGCCAACGCGGCCGAGAACGCCACCCACAAGCAGCAACAGAGCAAGUCGCAGUCUCUUGCCUCCGACCUCGAGGACGAUGACGAGGAGGCGGACGAGGACAAGGACGAUAUUGUCAGCGCCGUCGGCUCCAUGGCUAUCUCCACCAAGGACGACGACAUCAAGCCGGCGCCCCUUUCCCCUACCAGGGCCAGGACGCAGCCCCUGACUCCUCAGCCUGCCGCCGCUGAGCCCACUUCCCGGUCUACUACUCCCUUGGAGCCUAUCCCCACGGAUCCUAUCGUGCCAUCUGUCACUGUUGCGAAGGCAGCGCCCCUGCCCAACCUGAUGGAGUCGGGUCCCGUAGCCGGCAAGGAGAGUGGAGUCGUGGAUGCGUCCAAGUGGUGUGCCUUGUGCGAGCGUGACGGCCACGACAGCGUUGACUGCCCCUUUGAAGACGAGUUUUAGGGGACUGUUGGAUUAAGCAAGGCUUUUGACGAUAAUAAGAUGAUGAUGGGGAAGAUGCCGCCGCCGCCGACGACAGCUUGGAAGAGGAGCGAGAGGGUGUAGCGAUGGAUGGUAACAUCUCGUAUGAACUGAUGCUUGGCGUACCUAUCUGCCUAUCUACCUAUCUAUGUUGCCUACCCCUCUACCAUUCCUCAUUCUUUCUCAUUGACGCUGCACACUGAAAACCACGCAUCCGUACUCUUUGUGCCUUUCCUACCAUCGAUCGAUAUCCAUCCUUACCGAACUUUAUCGACAUCGUUCUCACCAUCAAUCAUUUGCAAGCACGUUAAAGACAAAACGACAAAUAGCAGACACGGUUUCUGGAAUAAAUUUGUCUGCAGUGGAACCAAACCACUACGGGACUUUGAAAGGGAAGGGAAGGGUUAGGGUUAGGACGGGAUAGGCUAGGAUGAGAUGGAACGGAAAGGCUAGAUUAGUGCAUUAAGGCAUGGUAAUGGAUCAUCACAUGGGAGGGAGAACAGGUUGGGUCGCGUUGGCUUUGGUAUGUGUGGUAUGCGAGAGCAGACCUCAUAAGUCGGAGGCAGUGAGCGGGCGGGAGCGUGUGUUGUAGUCUAGUGUAUUAUGCAGUACUGAGCAUGAUGAACGAUGAUUUGCGGAA